AUCAUUUGCCUUUAUAUAUUUUGCCAUCUAUCUUCUACAUUUCAAAGUCACACUUGACAUUACAUACAACCUUUACUCUUUUUUAUUCACGAUGGGACAAAACGUCCCAAACACCGUCAUCUUCUCGGCGGCUAUUCUCUUUUUAUCUUUCUCCUCCGCCUCUUCCUCUUCUCAAUACAACACACUCGUCGUCAACACUCUCCCUUCCUCCUCCCAAAUCUUCUCAUCUCCCGAGCCCGAAUCCUUGACCUCUGUAUCCGACUCCACCACAACUUCACUCACCGUCCAUCUAUCCCACGUCGAUGCUCUCUCUUCCUUCUCCGACGCAUCUCCCUCAGAGCUCUUCAACCUCCGUCUACAAAGAGACUCUCUCCGCGUCAAGUCCCUGACCAACCUCGCCGCCGCAUCCACCGGCAAGAACACUACGAGAAGAAGAACUCCACGCUCACCCGGUGGGAUCAGCGGCGCUGUUAUCUCCGGUCUUUCACAAGGAAGCGGCGAGUAUUUCUUGAGGUUAGGCGUUGGAACUCCGGCGAGUAACGUUUACAUGGUCCUCGACACAGGAAGCGACGUCGUUUGGCUACAAUGCUCUCCAUGCAAAGUAUGUUACAACCAGUCCGACCCGAUGUUCGACCCGGCUAAGUCAAAGACAUUUGCCACAGUCCCAUGUGGGUCCACUCUCUGUCGGAGACUAGAAGAGUCGUCUUCGGAAUGUGUCAGCCGUAGAAGCAAGACGUGUCUCUACCAAGUCUCCUACGGUGACGGAUCUUUCACCAUGGGAGAUUUCUCCACCGAAACGCUGACGUUUCACGGCGCACGUGUCGAUCACGUGGCGUUAGGAUGCGGUCACGAUAACGAAGGUUUGUUCGUUGGCGCGGCUGGGCUGUUGGGCCUGGGCCGCGGAGGAUUAUCUUUUCCAUCUCAGACGAAAAAACGUUAUAACGGUAAAUUCUCUUACUGUUUGGUUGACCGUACGAGUCCCGGUUCUGCUUCCAAACCACCGUCAACUAUUAUCUUCGGAAACGACGCCGUUCCAAGAACCUCUGUUUUCACGCCGUUAUUAACAAACCCGAAGGUCGACACGUUUUACUAUCUUCAGCUUCUUGGAAUCAGCGUUGGUGGUUCUCGCGUUAGCGGCGUUUCCGAGUCGCUGUUUAAGCUUGACACCACCGGUAACGGCGGCGUUAUUAUAGAUUCCGGUACUUCGGUUACUCGGCUGACUCAACGAGCUUACGUGGCGUUUAGAAAUGCGUUUCUUCUCGGAGCGACGAGGUUGAAACGUGCUCCGUCGUAUUCUCUGUUCGACACGUGUUUCGAUCUCUCUGGGAUGAAGACGGUGAAUGUUCCGACGGUGGUGUUUCAUUUUGGCGGAGGAGAUGUUUCGCUUCCGGCGAGUAAUUAUCUUAUUCCGGUGAACAGUCAAGGACGGUUCUGUUUUGCUUUCGCCGGAACAAUGGGGAGUUUGUCGAUAAUUGGGAACAUACAGCAACAGGGUUUGCGUGUGGCUUACGACUUAGUCGGGUCACGGGUCGGGUUUAUGUCUGGAGCUUGUUAGGUUUUGUGUCUGAGUUGACUGAUAUAUUAUUCACAAAGAACAAUUUAUAAAAUAAGCUAUUUAUCCUUAUUUGUCAUCUCCACGACAUCAUCUCCAUUACUUAUUCACCAAUCAUUAAUGAUGAUUUCAUGAUGGACCAUUGUUUACCUGAAUCUGUGACAUGAGUGGAGGAGAAAUUACCGGAUGAUUUGAUUUAAAUGUGUGUUUUACAUUAAAUUAAAGCAAAGAGAAGUAAAUCUUAAGUGUAAUGUUUUCUUGAAAUUUCUAUUAUUACCAUCAAAGUCUUGUACAUCUUUUGACAAAUUAAAACAUCUUGAAAUUUUC